AUGCUGCAGCACUUGUAUCAUUCAGCAUUGGUGCGACUGCGCUCGCCACCGACGCCAACCGGGCAGGGCUCGACUUCGACCAAAAGGUCUCUCAGCCGGGAUGCUAAAGCCUUUAACGAGGACAGAGCACGGUUUGCGGAUGACCCUGGUUGCUUUCUCACCGGGUUUUCCUGUCUUUCCCUUGAAGCAGCCCACCUAGUGAACACUCUUCAUUUUUUGACAAGUGUUCUGGCUAUCGUGCGCCGAACUAGAGACUUCACGCUGGAAAGCCUGGAGAAUAUGGUUCUUUUGUAUCCACCGUAUCACCGACACCUGGACUUAUAUGCCACGUACUCCAUUACAUUAUGCAAGGAUUCGCUGCAAGAGGUGAUUGAAAUUUUGAGGGAGGCCAACCUGGAGUGGGACAGAUUGGUAGCGCUUCCAGCCCCGAGCAGUCUUCGGGAUAUUCCGGUGCGUAUUUUAAGCCCAGCUAGACCUCAUCAAGCUCAGUUCUAUAAAUUUCGCAGUGGGGCCAAAAGCGCCUUGGUCCAUAUGAAGUUCGACCUAAUCCUUCUCCACCCUGCGCUUUUCCUCCCGCGCGGUCAGCACCUCGUCGCCCUCAAAACCCAUGAGCCGCCAACGUACGCCGACUGGGCGGUCAUCGAUCGCGAACUGCGUGAACGGAACUCUCCCUCCGACUCCGCGCCCUACCCUCCCUUUUCCUACACCUCCCGCAAACGCACCACUCUCGACUACCUUCGGUAUCAUGAACAGAAAUACGCAUUUGAUGAUCUGACGGACCGCCAGCUCGAGCUCGCGCAGCUGACCCUCGAGGCUUACGACCUAGUUUUAUAUCGCCCGUCCGCUUUUGUGGUCGAGCCUCUCCCGACAGCUGUUCCGAGUAUGCCCCCUCUCCCCCGUCAGAUCGCUGCAUCUCAUCAGGUGUCCAGUAAUGGGGCUAGCAUAUACCAAGAUGAUGAGGAGAGAAGUGACAGUGUAUCGGAGACUGGUAGCGAGCUGCUCAGUCCGGAUGAAAGUCACAGGAUUCUGGCGAGACUUGAAGACCCGAGUACCACACUGGAAGAAAGGAAGGAUCUCGUGGAUCUAUUACUUGAUGGUGCACGGCCCUACCGCCCUUUUCCCGUGGUCCCCGGUGUGGAGUUGCCCGAAGUGCCCAGUCUGUUUGGUCAUGGAGGGCAUGGGUCGUAG